UUUUUUUCUUCUUCUUCUUGGGUUGAGGUUGAGGCGUUCCCAACGAAUGAAAGAGAAAAACGAAAAGAUUAAAUAAAAAAAAGGAAAAAGAAAAGAAGAGGAGAACGCGAGAGAGAGAGAGAUCCAUCUUGGGAAGGAGAAGGGUUUGAGGAUUAUUGGGGUUUGAGGGUUUUGUAGAAUCAGAUUUUUCAAUUUUUGGUGAAAAUGUCUCUGACGGGUGUGAAAAUGUCGGAGGAUGUUUGGUUAACCUGCGUGACUCAUGCAUUGUCCACUGAGACCGAAGAGAUUAUGGGUCUUCUCCUCGGCGAUAUCCAGCAUGCAAAGAAUGGGAGUGUGACUGCAUUGAUAUGGGGAGCUUCUCCGCAGACAAGGUCUGAUCGGCGAAAGGAUCGAGUCGAAACUAACCCUGAACAGUUGGCUGCUGCAUCAGCUCUGGCUGAGAGAAUGACCACAUCGACUGGAAGAACUACAAGGGUAAUUGGUUGGUACCAUUCACAUCCUCAUAUUACAGUUCUGCCUUCGCAUGUUGAUGUGCGGACUCAGGCAAUGUAUCAACUUCUUGAUUCUGGGUUUAUUGGGUUGAUUUUUUCCUGUUACAGUGAAGAUGUAAACAAGGUAGGAAGAAUUCAAGUAAUCGCUUUCCAGUCAUCUGACGGGAAGCAGAAUCAUAUGUCAAGACCUAUACCUCUGUCUCCUGUAAAUAGAAGCUCCGUUAUUGAUAUAGAUUCCUCACCAAGUUCCUCAGAGAAUGUAUCAGUAAGUUCUGGUUACUUUACGGCAGAGACUCCAGGGAAGGAAACUGGUGAUUCGAGGCUUGCUGGUGCUAGUAUGGGUGGGGGGAGAUCUUCUGACUUGGGAAAUUUCUUCGCUAAUGCUGAUGCGAACUCUCCAGGGAGAGAAAAAGGUGGAGGAAACUACCAUCUCAGCAAUUCAGGCAUGAACAUAGUUGAUGUUGAUCCCAUGGAUAUGUCAGAAAGUAUGCAGGAGGCUAUGCAUCGUUCAAAUUUGGACAUGAGUGGUGCAGAGUAUGUAAGAAAAGAAAUUCCCCUUUAUGUUUUGCCAGCCGUGUCUCUUAUCAACCUUGAUUCACCACUAUUGUCAUACACGGAUCUGCAACAUGUAAUAUUUGAAGAGGAGCGGACUGCGUAUAACCAGGCCAUCUUACAAAAUAUGAGGGAUGGGAAAGUUCAUCCACUCACUUUCAUACAUCACACUUCAACUUAUCAGGCUUCCUUGUGCAAGUUGAUUGAAUAUUGUUUAAGUCCCGCAAUAAAUGCACUUCAAGAUCGACUGAGAGAGAAUGAAAUCCGGCUAGCAGUUUUGAGUGAUGAAGCUAAAAGUCUGGAGGCUGAGGCGUGUAGAGGGAGUGAAGCAAGUUUAGGAUCUCCCCGUCAAGUUGCAUCUCAUGUACAUCGAGGAAGUUCCUCUCUUGGUCAGAGAAACUUGCACAGUUCAGGUGAAUCUCUUGGUUCUAGGAGUGUAGGUAGUCCAGGUAGCCGGAGCAGAAAAGGAUAUUAAAGGGAAACCCUCUUUGGAAGUAACGAUUUAUGAUGGUUUUGCUAAGAUGGGAUAUUUAAUACGUAAAAUGUACAUGAAAAAAUGGUAUUGCCUCAGCAAAGUUUGCUAUUUUGAAAAGGAUGCUAAAUGAAAUAUUCUGCUAGUGGGAGUCUAUUACUAUAGAGUAAAAAUGGUGGUUUGAUAUUUCAUUCACUUUGAAGAACUUGUCAAAUGACAUGCAUGCUUG